GUCAGCAGGCGCGGACGUCAUCAUCUUCGCUUCUUUAAACAUUACUCGAAUAUUCUCAAUGUUGAGAUUAGUGAACUAAAAUAUUCAUCGACACAUCGAAUUCGUAAAUAUAUGCAAAAUACAUUAUCUCAGAACACUUAACUAAUGCAGGAACACUCCAAAAGUGCCACAUGUAACGCACGUGUCGUCCGGUUCCAGGAACUGCAACAACAUUAACUGGUUGUUGCCCAAUGCUCUUAAAACUGAGAUAACUUAGAUGCAUGAUUUCUCCUGUGGCCAAAGAUUCUUUGUCUUUAAUGUAUUUUCCCUAGCAGGCAAUGUCAAUUCUGUGAAAAUAUCCCCAAUCUACAGUGUAAGAAUCCAAAAAGACCAUGGCACCUGAGGCACAUCAGUGCGAAUUUCAGAGCGAGUCAGGACCUGCAAAUCCAUGACGUGGAUUACCACUCUCUUUGUUCAUGUUGUGACUACCAUCAACAGCAACCAAGUGAAGCCUUCCAGCCCUCAGCCAUUGCGUUGAAAUUCCCCUUGAAUUACACGAGAAGAUGGCUGAUUUCGGAGAUGAUACGGGAGCACGGGCCUUGCUGGCGCUUAAGUCUGCACCGUGUAGCCCUGUCAGAGUAGCAAUUGCACCCAUGUAUACGCUCUCGUCGAAUUCGGCUGGGAUCACAUCCAUGCCCCUCUCUCCUCCAGCACCGGCCCUUGCACGACUGGAAGGCAGGGACUUCGAGUUUGUAAUGCGCCAGAGGACAGUGACGGUGGGCCGGAAUUCAUCGCAUGGUUCCGUAGAUGUCAACAUGGGUCAUUCGAGCUUCAUAUCCAGGCGACAUUUGCAGAUCACAUUUGAAGAGCCCUACUUUUAUCUACGUUGUCUUGGAAAGAAUGGUGUGUUUGUGGAUGGUGUAUUCCAGAGGAGAGGAGCUCCGCCGCUUCAAUUACCAAACGAGUGCACGUUGCGGUUUCCGAGUACAGUUAUUAAGAUCCAGUUUACUGUACUCUACCACAAGGAGGUGUUGAAGGAGGAGGCCCCUGUGUCUCCGGUGAGACCCCUCUACCCCCAGAUCUCGCCGCUGAAAAUCAACAUUCCUGACACCGACUUCAGAAGCAUGAUGAGUCCACUGCCCUCCCCCACUGGGACCAUCAGUGUCCCCAACUCCUGCCCGGCGAGCCCCCGUGGUGCUGGCUCAUCCGGCUAUCGCUUCGGACGCAACAUCACGUCGGACCUGCAGCUUGCCGCCGAGUACGCCGCCAAGGCCGUUUCGGAGCAGCAGCACAGGGAGGUUUCAGGCAGGGAGAGCCCCAAGGAUGAGUCCAAGCCGCCAUACUCUUACGCCCAGCUCAUAGUACAGGCCAUCUCCUCUGCCCAGGACCGACAGCUAACACUAAGCGGCAUUUACGCUCACAUCACCAAGCAUUACCCCUACUACAGGACAGCAGACAAGGGCUGGCAGAAUUCCAUCCGGCACAACCUGUCUCUGAACCGCUACUUCAUUAAGGUGCCGCGCUCCCAGGAGGAGCCAGGGAAGGGCUCGUUCUGGCGCGUCGAUCCGUCCACCGAGGCCAAGCUGGUGGAGCAGGCCUUCCGCAAGCGGCGCCAGAGGGGUGUCUCCUUCCGCACCCCAUUUGGACCUCUCUCUUCCAGGAGCGCCCCGGCCUCCCCGACCCACUCCGGACUUCUGUCCCCGCAUUCCAGUGGCCUGCAGACCCCUGAGUGUCUGUCGCGGGAGGGCUCCCCCGUCCCCCACGAGCAUGACUUCAGCUCCAAACUGGCCUCCGUGCCCGAGUACAGAUAUACACAGAGUGCACCAGGCUCGCCCGUGGGCUCCCAGCAGGUCAUCAUGGCCGUACCAGCGCAGCCCUCGGCCAGCUUGCCCAAACCCGUGGCCUACAUGCCCGCCUCCAUCAUCUCCCAGCAGCCCUCAGGCCAGGCCAUCCACAUGGUGCAGCAGGCCCCGGCCGUCACCAUGGUGCGCGUGGUCACCACCUCGGCCAGCUCCCCUAAUGGCUACAUCCUGGCCAGCGCCAGUGCUAACCCACCCCGAGAGAGCUCUGCCGAACACAGAGAAGAGAUGUCCGCCUCCCUUCACCCCUCUAUGCCCACGGGCAGCAGCAGCGUGAUCCAGGCAGUGGGCAGCCACAUGGGCUCAGUCAGCAGGGGGCAGCAGAGCUUUGCUAUUGUGCAGCAGAGCCCGAUGGCCCUGGGCCAGCACCAGCUGCCUGUCCAGCCCAUCACCCAGAACGGCAAACACGCCCUGCCCGCCACCAGCAUCUCACCAAAUGCCUAUGCGCUCACCAAUCCCCUUCAGAUCUUGGCUGCCCAGGCCUCCACCUCACCCCCUGUUGUAGUGAACCGACCCCACAGUCGGGAGGGCGACGAGGGAGCCUCUGCCCCAGGCGAGCCUGAGGCUAAGAGGCCCAAGAUGGAGGAUGACAGUGGAGUGACCCCUAUGCCCCAGCCGGUUAUCGUGGCCAUGAACCAGGAAACCAAUGAAUGAGUCAUGAGUGCUAGAACAGAAGAGAUGAACGACCUGGAAGCCCUUUUAGUCAUGUCCCACACAGUAUCAUCAGUUCAUGGUGCCAAACUAUUUGGGGGGUGGGGACGUUUGUUUGUUUGUUUGUUUAUUCAUCUUAUUCAUCCUCUCUGUUUUCUUUCUGGUCCUUUUUACAAUGAACUGCAGAUUAUUUAAUCUAAGAGUCAACUCUAGGCAUUUAUUUGCCAGGUGAGCUGUAUAACAUGGGUUUUUUUCCUUUUUUUUUCCCGAGGCAACUUAUUUGAGCUUGAAAUGACUGCAUAUAUCUGUUGUUGUAAAAGCCUUACAAGGGUAAUGCUCAAAUGGUUUUAAUGUUGUUUCCUUUUGUUCUCUGAAACAAGGAUGGAGAUGGUCCCUCAGAUACCUUCCUGCACAUGUGUUGUUUUGUUUUGUUUAUUUACAUGUGCCCUUUUUUUUUUCAACAAAAGGUACCAUUGAGAAAGUACUUAAUUUGGGUUGGGGGUGGGACCAAGUCCUAAGCAGCUAUCAUCUAAUCUGUAAACCGCAGUCUCUUAGAAAUGAAGCAUUAUGUAUUUUGACUCAACAGGAAGCUGUGGAAGACCUCAGCGGCCUGCACUACACCUUUUGUGAGGAUUUAUUUAACUCUAUCUCAGAUAAACAUCUGCAUUGUUAAAAAAGCUUUUUCUACUGAAAUUAGUUUGUUACAGGCUAAAGCACAUAAACAUGAAAAAAGUAAUUUUUAGAUAGAGGCCUUUUUUCUAGCGGAUGCUCUUUAACAUGAUAGUUCAGUACACAAUAUUUUUCUAUGGAGGACUCUUUAUCUUGCUUAAGAUAUACUGAGAUAUUACCAAGACAUUGUUAGAAAAAAAGUUGUUAUUUCUAAAUUGGUCCAUGUAUAGUGCAAAAUAACUGUUGAAUGUAACCUUUUUUUUCUUUUUCGCCAUGGUGUAUGGUUAUCCUUUUGGCCCCCAAGUCUUGAUUGUAUUUAUCAGGAAAAUUGCUGUAUUAGCUUAUUACAUUAUGAAGUUAGGAGGCCAUUGUUCACAAAAAGAGUUUUAAAAUUAAUUUUUGUUUAGUAGAAUUGCAUAUUUAAGAACAGAACAGAACAUUACCUGGUAAACUGUCUACAGACAACUCUCACACUCUCGUGGUCCUCUAAUGGUUCAUGAUGGGCAGCACACAGUACAAUAGACUCUUGUAAAGCUGACCGUGCUGGAAAUGUUUUAACUCAGCCAAGGGGCUACUGAGAACCAAAUAUGCUAUGUUUUCCCAUAUUAAGACCUAGGAAUGUAAAUGUAAUGAUGUAGCCAAUUAAAAUAUGCUGAGAUUGGGAGGCUAAUGAAUGUCUAACUCUGUUGAAUGUUCUUGAAUAUUCUCUAAAGACUUUCUGAUGGACUUUUUAAAAUGACUUCUUAGUUGUUUGGCUAUUUUAAUUUUGUUAUCUGUGAAAUAUUAAUCAGUCUACAAUGAGACUUUUGACAACUUACAUUCAAAAUGAAAAAAAAAAAGGUUUAUUACUGAGAUUCUAUUCUCAGGACAAUCAGUUACGUGAUACAGUAGGACUAUAAAAUGGAUGGGAAAAUGUACCAGCAUUUGGUGAAAACAGGUGUCAAAUGUGUCGACAUGAAGUGCUUGCAUGUCUGACUCCCAAAACCCUUGCGGCCUGUUUGUGUGUUCUUAAGGCUGCUAUAUAGGCUAUAAAUGGCUGAUGCAGAGUUCCUUUCAAGUGCCUUAGAUUACCACUAUCUUCACUUAAAAGGAAAGUUGUAAGCAGAGCAGGAGUUCGGAGAAAGCCCGUUGGUGAGGCUUUUUUGGAACCCCCUGAGGAUGCUUUUAUCUGUCACACAUCCUGCUCUCUCUCCAAGGCCUCUGUAAAGAUGCAUUAUAUUAGUCAUAUCAUUCUUUUUUAAUGAUUUAUUUGUUUUUGUCCUCUGAUUUCCUAGCUAGCUAGUUUGACCACAUUCAUAGCCUGUGUCAGAUUAUGCACAGGUUGGCCAUCAGCUUAUGGUUAUGGAUGGUUAUGUCAGAUUUAGAAAGAAAAAAACUGUUCAGGAUGAAUUGGCUGGAGCAAAGCAAUAUGGUGGCUUCGAGAGAACUUGGACUCGCCCAGGAAGAGUCUUGUUUACACCAAUCCAGUGCAUUCAAAAAUUUCAGAAUAUCCCAUAUUUAUCAUUUUCCUUUCCCUAUGAUGUUUGUUUUAAAUUGUAGUAUUGUUCUAAGCAGUUAAUGUCACUCACUUUCUUUAAGGACUAACCAUCUUACUCUAUUUACUAAACUGAACGACUGUAUACUGGACUUACCUUUAAUGUACGUCAUGGUCUGGAACUAAAUGCUUUACUCUGCUUACUGUCUCGUCAUACAAAGUAAUAUGGGGUGUUAUGCAAGAAUAAACAUCACAUCUGAAGCAGAUGAGUUUCUGUCCAGCAGUGUCAGAUUAAUCAUUUGAUACAUAGUGUAUUGAGCCCAGGCUGUUGAUUUGAGAUUUGAAAUUCAAUUGUGGUCAUCAGGUCAGCUUGUGGUCAGCUUGGUAGCUUAGUUUGAAUUGCUGUCAGGAGCCUUUAAUUCUGUCUGCUAUAAUACUUUUCAACUACACUUAUCUAUUAUCAGAAACCUUUUUUGUUUGCCACCUGUUCUGUUGUUGCCUGUGUAUAGUCAGUCAUUAGAUGUGUUCAGUGCAAGCAUUUCUCACUUAAGAUUCAGUGUAAUAAACAAUUCAAAAGCA